AUGAAUGAAAAUCAAGACGUUCCAGAUACAAUUUUUAGUAGUAGUCCAUUACGUAAAAUGGUUCAUUUUGAUGAAACAACUUCAAUUCCACCACAAAUAGCAACAUCAACUAGUCUAUUAACAUCUUCAUCAACAAGUUCAUUACCAUUUCCAAUAAUAUCUGAAAAAGCAGGUGUACGUUUUAAAUUUUUUUGUCUUCUAUUUAGUCUUUUUAUUGGAUUGAUUAUUGGUUUUAUUUUUACUAUUUUCUUUAUUAUUAAUGCAAAAUAUAUACCUAAAUAUAAUUUUUUCUCACAUGAAUUAUUUUCGAAAUUAUCUGAACAAAAUUCAUUAAAUAAUAAAUAUCAAUUAUUUGAACAUUUUGAUUCAUUAUGGAUUAAUCAAUUAGAUUUUAAUAGUGAUAUUUGUAAUGAUUUUUAUGGUUUUGUUUGUCGAAAAUGGUUAUCAAAUCAUCCAUUAUCAUCAUUUGAAUUUAAACGAAGUUGGUUAACUGAAAGAUCAAAUAAUAUUCGAGAAAAUUUUGCAGAAAUAUUAACUAAUUUAAGUGAAAUUGAAGCUUAUAAUUAUCAAAUGAAAAUUAAUAACAAUCAAAUUCAAGAACUCAUCAACGAUACACAUAUUGAAGAUUUUGAUGAAUUAACAUCAGAAAAAAAUGAACUUGAACAAUUCUAUUCUUUUCAUGAUGAAUAUGACAAUAUAAAUCAUAAAUUAGUUAAACGUCAAUCAACUUUAAAUUCAAAUGAUUUAUCUAAAUCUAUAUCUAAUAUGUUACUUUAUUAUCAUCAAUGUAUUCAUACAUCUGAAUCUAUUCUUAUUGAAAAAUUACAACGAUUAGCAUAUGAUCGUUUUUGGUUUACAAAUAAUUAUGAAAUUAUUUCUACAACAAAUCAUUUACAUUUUCUAUUUGAACAAAUGAUUGAACAUCCAUUAAUGCAUAUAUGGAAUAUAAAUACAAUAAAUCUUGGUACACAAAUUAUAAUUCAUAUUCAACGAAAAAUUCAUGAUCAACAAAAAUUUCUUUUAUUACAUCAAAUAGAACAAGCAAGUAUAUUUGAACAUUAUGUACAAACAAAUCAUAUUGAUUUAUGUUAUCAAUCAACUCGUGUUGGUUCUUUAGCAAAUACAUUAAAAGAAUAUAAUGAAUUAUUAAUAUCAACAUUAAUAUCAUCAAAUUCUUCAAUAAAUGAUGAUUUAUAUUAUUUAAUAUCAAAUAAAAAUUCUUUACCAAUUAUUUAUUCAUCUGUAAGAUGUCCAAAUGAUUUACGAGAUUUAAUUCAAUAUAUGUUAGAUAAAAAUAUGAUUCAAUCAUUAAAUAAUACAAAUAUUUAUAAUUUAUUUUUAAAUUUUACUCAUGAUCUUGAACAAUAUUUAUUAAAUAUACCAAUAUUUCGUAGUACAAUAUUAUAUCAAUGUCAAUUAUUUCUUAAUUAUUAUAUUCGUUUUCGAUCAUUAAAUGAUACAAAAUUAGAAAAAUGGUUUGAUUAUAUAUCAUCAUCAAUAAUACAUUUAAUUCUUCAUUCAUGGCCAGGUGAUGCAUCAUAUAUAUGUUUAUAUUCAACAAUAGUUCGUCAUAAUCAAUUUGAAAUAAUUUCAUAUUGGAAUACAUUUAUUCAAUAUACAAAAAAACAAAUAAAAGAUAUUUCAUCACCAAUUAUAACUGUUGAAAUACGAUUAGUAGAUUUUUUUCAACUUGAUUCAAUAUUUCGAUUUUUAUUUGCUGAUCAUUUUGCACAUUAUUGUAAUUUAAUGGUUUAUAAAUAUGGACCUAAAUUAUUACCAUUUGUUAGUAUUUUUCAUGAAGAUAUACAAAUUAAUUUAAAAAAUCUUUGGAAACAAACUUUACAAAACAAUUCAAAAGAACAAUAUAAUAUUCAUGCAUUACUUUUACCAUCAAAUCGUAUACCAAAUGAUUGUCUAACUUUACUUGAAUAUUAUUAUCCAUAUACAUUAUCAUCAUUUUAUGAAAAAUAUAUGUCAAAUAAAAUUGAACAACUUUAUUUAAUAACUAAUGAACUUCGUAAUCUUCUUAUAAAUAAUUCUGAUAAUGAUUUUGUAUUAUCUAUAAAAUUUCAUAUAAAACCUGAAUAUCUUAAAUUAUAUCAUGAAAUUUCAUCAAUAAAAUUUCAUAUUCCAUAUGAAUAUUAUUUAAUUGAAGAUAAUUAUUUAUCAACAGCAUGGAAUAUAAUUGAAAAUUUUCAUGAAGAAUUAAUUCAACCAAUUCAUACGUUUUUUGAAAUCAAUGGUUAUCAUACAAUUGAACAAGGUAUUUUUUUACAACCAACAGUAGCUGAACUUUAUUCAAAUGAAACAACACGUUUAGCUGCACUUUUACUUAUUGCACAUGAACUUGGUCAUGCCUUAUGUCCAUGUGGAAUAAAUCAAACUGAACGUGAAUAUUUUGCUGAUUUAAUAUCACUUCAUUUAAUUAUGAAUUAUAAUGAACAACAAUUAAAUAGAACAUUAACAUCGAAUGAUAUAAAAAAUUUUUUUAUUACAUAUGUUCAAUCCGAAUGUAUACAUAUUAAUCAUGAUAUGAUUUCAUUAAUGAAUAAACAAAAAAAUUUUAUUGAAUUAUAUAUUAACCAAAUAUUACAAGAAAAUGAACAAUUCCAAACCGUAUUUAAUUGUUCAUUAAAUAAAUAUAGACAAACAAAAAAAAUUAAUAAUUUAUUACUUGAAUUAUGUGCAACAUGUAGAAAUAAAAAACAUUAA